AUGGCCAGCAACAGCUCACCUGAUUACAAAGCACUCUAUCUGCAGGAAAGAGAAGUGCUCAGACAGGUAAGAGAAGUGCGCAGGCAAGAAAGUGAGGCGCAUAAACAGAUAGAAGCACGCCGGAAGGAGGUAGAGGAGCAACUCAAACGGAGCACCUUUGUGGAACUUGUACGCCAUUGCCAUGACUUGUUAUCGCGACCGCUACGAGUCGGCACACUCUCUUGCUCGACCACAGGGACAAUACCCCUCCCUAAAGGAAAGUACUGUCCGACGCGACUGGAACAAUGGGUUGACUGCGUAGCCCAACAGCAAGACAUCUACGACUCUGUCCGUCGUUACCUUCAACCAGAAGAAAAUCCACCGCGCAUUUUUGCAUCUCGUUAUCAGCUGGAAGGACACCCUGAAAUAGUCCCGCAGCUGAUUAGAAGCGAGCGCGACCUUCGGAUAUAUGAGGGCAUGGCAGUGGACCCCCAUGUCUGCAAAGUCAUGUUGGAACUAUGCGAAAUAGCAGCCGCCCGUGAAGAAUUUGGGCUUGGGGAUGAGGUUUUGUUCAGCCGCGACCCCAAUGUUUUGGGCGGGGACGAAAUGGUCGAAACGGAUAUGAUUCCCCAUAGCAGCCCGGACCAGUUCUUUAUCCAUCGAGUUGAUGGCCGCGGAACCACCACUCUGCUCACCACUGUCGAAUACGUGCCGCCAAACAAGCUUUCUUUGGAGGAUCUCCGCGUGGGGCUCGGUGACAUGGAUCUGUGGGAAAAGAUGGUUCAGGGGAACAAGGUGCUGAAUAACGAAGCCGAUCGAUCGGUCUACAAGGCACAGCGGCUCGUCUGCUCAGCUAUUGUUCAUGAAUACCAUGUCAUGAUCCAAGAGGGACUUGAGUAUUCCUACUUGAGUACAGGAAUCGCGCUUGUGCUUCUCUGGGUUCCACGGGAAAAGCCGAGCACCUUAUACUACCAUCUCUGUGUGCCCAACCAGGAAGUGGAUGAUCGAGAUGGCGACAUCCCACAACCAAACACAUACAUUGCAAGGGUACUCUGUCUUUGCCUGAUGAGCUUUCGCUCGCGGCAACGUGAUCAAGAAUGGCGGAAUGUUUGUUCGGAUCUUCACACCUGGGAGAUGAACUUUGAUCACACACAUGCAAAUGCCACCACCGAGGAACUACCACAGAAUACACCCCCUAAUAGCACGGACUAUGUAAGCCUGGAAUCAGACCCCACGGGCUCAGAGUAUCAGGCAUCAUCAUCUUCAAUCAAAUCACCAACUACACCUGCCCGGCGAGUACCAACAAGAUCACAAGGGAACUGCGAGCCAUUAGAUCUCAAAGAUCGUAUGGGUUCAGCAGACCCAUUUGGCUAUGAGUCAAAUCCCGCAGCGCGAGCACAAGAUCCCGCAGCAGCAGCGCGAAAGCGAGGCUAUUGCCAGGUCGAACAUUCACCUCCACGGCGAUUGUCUCCCCGGAAUGAGAUAGACCGUCAUAACGACUUGUCUCAACGACGCAGCGCGCAGUUCCGUACCCAACGCUGUCUGCUUGGGCUACAAAACGGCGGACCUCUGGAUGAUUUUUGUCCAAAUGUGGAUCUACACCGGCAAGGCGGUAAUGGGACUCAACAUUCUAUCAGUGCCGUGGAGCUGAUCUCGCUUCUCAAGCAGCAAAUGGAUGAGGACAUUGACCGGUGCAUUCCAUUUGGGUCCCGUGGGUCAUAUGGUGCCCCGUUCAAGCUCACCUGUUCCAUUCAUGGAUACACUGUUGUUGGGAAAGGAACGACAGCAGUUAUUUGGGCGAAGGCCGUAUCCCAAGAGGCCGACAUAUACCAUAUUCUUCGCAAGGCACAGGGUUCUGCAGUCCCCGUAUUCCUGGGCAAGAUCGAUCUCGCGAAGAUCUACUUUCGCUAUAGUGCAGAGAUUCGCCACAUGCUCGUCAUGGGUUGGGCUGGCGAGAGUACAGCAACGCUCGAGCAGACCUCGGACCUUCGCAGGGAGAUUAAAAGGUCGAACAAGGAAAUUCGCUCCUUGGGAGUCCGACACCUAGACCUUCGGCCUGACAAUAUCCUAUGGAACGCUGAGCUAGGGCGGGCUUUGAUCAUUGACUUCCACCGGUCUGAGCUGAAUCGUCGGCGACCCGCAGACAAGUCCAGGCCAUUGAAGAGGUCCCGACAUAAGGCAGAGAUAUCCGAGUCCAAGCGAGUACGAGUGAUAUAG